UGCCAGUGCUGAAAGUGGAACAGAAGAAAAUAAACAUUGUGCAUCUUCUUCUUCUCUUUCUUUUUCUUUCUCUCUCCACCUUUCAGUUUCUUCCAUCACUUCCAUGCUCGCCUAGGGUUUCUCUCUCUGUUCUUAAUCUGGAUUGAUUUUUCUGUGUUGCGGAUUCCAUUUGCUGAAGCACCUUGAUGUCAAUGUGCUCGGUGUCUACGCCUUCUCUUGCUUGCAGGGUUUCUAUCUCACGUAGCUGGUAAAGAGGUUCACUGUUUUUGAGUUGUGAGUUUAUGGUGUUUGAUGCGCUACAUGAGAAAUAAAGUAGAAUAGACUUUUUCACUGAGAGACAAUCUGUUUCUGUUACCUCUACCACACCGAAGUUAGUGGUACAAUCUGUCUCAAUGGGUUCAUUCUCUGGCACUUGUGAAAUUGUAGAAGCAAGGGACGACCUAAAUACAGACAAAGCUGCCGGGAUAUAUCAGUCCAAUUCUGGAUAUAGCUUGGAUGAGAAAAAUCGGAAGCAUCCUGUGCUGAAACUGGGAUAUAAGGAUAAUCUAGAUGAUGAUAUAAAUAAGCUGUUUGAAUCAAUUACUCUUAAAUCUUCAUCAAGGGAUUCUGGCCUUUUACAGGAUGGUACAAGCCCUAGGAUGAAAAGUUCAUUGAAAAAACCAAUUACAGUGGGUGCUCCUCGGUCCCCACGAGUUGGAUAUUCUGAGCCUUUGACUUUGAAGCAGGCAUUAAGAGACCUAUGUAUAUCUAAGGCAUCAGAAAUGGCUGCCAUGAAAAGAUUAUCAAAGUCAACUGCUUCUCCAAGAAUAUCUGAGGUUGGGAAGAUACAGACAUUGUACAAUUCAGUUGUAGUUGAAGGUAGACAAUCUGGGCCUUCUAAUGUUGAGAGUAAAGGGAGUACAAGUGAAAUAUCUCUAGUGCCAGAAGACAGCAGCUCACAUGCCUUGGAUAAAGCUUCCCAGUCUCAUCCAACUGUUAAAAGCACAUCACUAAGCAAAAAUGUCCAAUCUUCCAAAAUUGCUGUUGCAACUACUGAAAAUGGUACCGGGGCUUCAUUGAUAGGUGACUUGGCUAGUUCAUCAAAUAAAGUUGGGGUUCUAUCGCAGUCUUUGGAACCUUCUCAAAUAGAGAAACAAACAUCUGCAUCUUCUCCAUCUAGUUGUAACACUAAUGGAAGUAAGUUAGACUUUUCUGAAAAUGCUUCUUCCUCUAAUAAAUUAGGAAAUAAAACAUCUGUAUCAAAGAAUGGGCAAAAAGAUAGGUUACAAACAGUCUGUUCCUCAUCUACUUCAGUAAAUGGCAGCAGAGUGUGCAAACUGUCACGACAUGCCCCUCGUACGGUCAAAUCAAUUAUCAAGAACAAAAAUUUGGGUAAGAAAAAACUAAAGCAGGAUUCCUUUUCUGCUUUAUUUGAUCCCACAUCCAAUGAGGUAAAUAACACGUCAGUUACUAGUUCAACUCAACUUGUUUGUGAGAGAUGCUGGUGUGCUAUAGAAAACAACAAAGGUAUUGUAUCAUUGGACUCUACUAGUUCUGGAGAUGGAAUAAACUCUGUUAAUGUGCAAGGCUCAGCACCAGCCGGCUGUAAUAGCGUCAGAGAAGUUACAAAAGUGAAAAAGAAUACCGUAUUGAAAGAGCAACUUGAAUUUUCACAAAGUUCAAAGAGUAGUCAAGGUGACUACAGUAGUAGUACAAGUACAAGUGAUGAGAGUAAUCUCAGUGGGGCUAGUUGUGGCAAUAGGCCUCACAUGUCAAAGGAUGUUAGAUGGGAGGCCAUACGACAUGCUCAAAUGCAGCAUGGAGUCUUGGGCUUGAGACACUUCAAUCUUUUGAGGAAGUUAGGUUGUGGAGACAUUGGAACUGUUUAUCUUGCUGAGCUAAUUGGCAAAAGUUGUUUGUUUGCUAUCAAGGUGAUGGACAAUGAAUUUUUGGAAAGAAGGAAGAAGAUGCCUAGGGCUCAAACUGAAAGAGAAAUAUUAAGGAUGCUGGAUCAUCCUUUUCUUCCGACACUGUAUGGGCAGUUUACCUCAGAUAAUUUAUCAUGUCUGGUCAUGGAGUAUUGUCCAGGUGGUGAUCUUCAUGUUCUACGGCAGAAACAGCUUGGUAGAAGUUUUUCAGAGCCAGCAGCUAGGUUUUAUGUAGCUGAAGUCCUUCUUGCUUUAGAGUACUUGCACAUGCUGGGAGUGGUUUACCGUGAUUUGAAGCCAGAAAACAUUCUUGUUCGAGAAGAUGGUCACAUUAUGCUGACAGAUUUUGAUCUGUCACUUAAGUGCGAUGUUAGCCCAACGCUUCUGAAGUCAUCUGAUGUGGAUCCUGCUAAGAAUUCUGGUCCUUGUGCACAAUCUAAUUGCAUUGAGCCAUUUUGUAUUGAACCAUCCUGUCAAGUUCCAUGCUUCAGCCCCAGACUCCUACCUCCUGCCGCAAAAACAAGGAAAUUAAAAACAGAUCUUGCUGCCCAUCUCAGAUCAUUGCCACAGCUCGUGGCAGAACCCACUGACGCAAGAUCAAAUUCAUUUGUUGGUACACAUGAAUACUUGGCGCCUGAGAUAAUCAAAGGAGAGGGACACGGAGCUGCAGUCGACUGGUGGACAUUUGGUGUUUUUCUAUAUGAGCUCUUAUAUGGAAGAACACCCUUUAAAGGUUGUAAUAAUGAAGAAACAUUAGCCAACGUGGUGUUGCAAGGUCUCAGAUUCCCUGAUACCCCAUUUGUUAGUUUCCAAGCGAGGGAUCUCAUUAGGGGGUUGUUGGUUAAAGAGCCUGAAAACCGUUUGGGUACAGAGAAAGGGGCUGCUGAGAUAAAACAACACCCCUUCUUUGAAGGCCUUAAUUGGGCCUUAAUUCGUUGCGCUAUCCCACCAGAACUUCCAGACUUAUGUGAAUUUGGAGUUUCAGAGAUGACUCCACAGUCCCAGUGCAAGGGUGUUCAGUAUGUAGAGUGUAAUGCAGCAGGAGAGCAAGUGGAAUUUGAGUUGUUUUAAAGAGACUCUUCUUUGGCAAGAGUGGCAUUCUUGUUUGGAUUCCCUUGUUUUGGCUCUAUGCUUCAUGUUUCGAGCUGCCACAAUUAUGUAAGCCUUUGUUGUAUAGUAGUUUUGAUUAUAACAAGGUAAAACGUGUCUUUUGAGAGGUAUAGGAAGUUCACCUUAUACAGCAACUUGAUUCUCGCACUCUGAAAGUAUAAAUUCCUCAAAAACAUGUCAUACUCUUCCAGUUACCAUGCUGGAGGGGGAGCAGAUUAAAGAAUUUUGUUACCUGUAGGCGUAUGUACAAGCAAGAUCCUUCUGUAGCAACAAUAAAUAAGAGUAAAUCCUAGAAGCAAUUUUAUAGACUUUUUAA